AUGGAUGUGCUGGACGGGAAAGGCGUCUACCCAUCCAAAAAUAAGGUCAUAGCCAUACAUGAUGUUCCGGCACCCAGAAAUGUCAAAGAGCUCAGAGCUUUCCUGGGCCUAGUGAACUACUAUGGACGUUUUGUGCCUCAGCAAAGCACAAUUUUGGCCCCACUUUACAGGCUAAUGAAAGACAAAGUUAAAUGGAGAUGGGGCGAGGCGGAGCAGAGUGCUUUUGGCAAAUGCAAGGAGCUUUUGACCAGUGACAAAGUGCUGGUUCACUAUGAUCCACGUCUGCCGCUUUCGCUUGCAUGUGAUGCUUCUGCUUAUGGGAUCGGAGCAGUGAUACAGCACACAACACUAGACGGGCAUGAACAUCCAAUAGCCUAUGCUUCCCGCACGCUCUCUCCGGCAGAGAAAAACUAUUCACAGAUAGAAAAAGAGGCAUUGAGCCUGGUGUUUGGUGUGAAGAAGUUCCAUCAAUAUCUGUGGGGGCGCAAGUUUGACUUAAUAUCCGACCACAAGCCCCUGCUCGCGCUGUUUGGAGAACAUGAGAGACUUCCUACAAUGGCAGCAGCGCGCCUUCAGAGAUGGGCCAUCAUACUGUCUGCGUAUGAUUACCACAGGACAUACCGCAGGUCAGAGGAGCACGGCAAUGUGGACGGGCUGUCUCGUGUUCCGCUGCCUGAGACCAAAGAUACAGGCUACACGAAAGGACACAGAGCUCUCAAAGCUGCACAGAUAUGGAUGCUGAGAGAGUCUGCAAGCAGUGUGAGACCUGCCAGCUGGAACAGCGCACGCCACGCCAAGUCCCGCUGCAUCCCUGGGAUUUUUCCUGGAGAGCUUUGGAAAAGACUACACACUGAAUUUGCAGGCCCGUUCUUGGGUCACAUGUUCAUGAUUGUGGUUGAUGCAUACUCUAAGUGGCUGGAGGUUUACAAAAUGGCACAAAUCACGUCCACUGCAACCAUUACACGACUUAAGAGACUGUUCGCAUCAUUCGGUGUGCCAGAACAAAUAGUCACAGACAAUGCGACAACGUUCACAUCGGAUGAGUUUCAGCAGUUCAUAAAGAGGAACGGAGUCCUUCACACGACCGGCAUGAAAAAGCUUGUUGGACAGAACCUGAGUGUUGAGGACAAGAUAUCACACAUCCUGCUGCGCUAUCGCACUACUCCCCACAGCACCACUGGAGAGUCACCAGCGGACUUGUUCCUGAAAAGACAUGUGCGAACACGUUUGGACUUCCUGAAACCAAGCAUCACCGAACGAGUCAGAAAGAGACAGUAUCAGCAGAAGGAGAAACAUGACAGUCAGGCUGCCGAGAGACAGUUUGAUGUAAAUGACUCUGUAUCUGCGCAACACCGCAGGAGAGAAACCCAAAUGGAUUCCUGGGGUAGUGACACAACAGACUGGUCCAGCGUCAUACCGAGUGCAAGGCGAGACACCAGACCAAGUAUUCAGAGCCUGCAGGUGAAACUGAGUCAGCUGAGCGGAACGGACUCCGCAGAACCUGAACCACCAGCUUUUGAGUUGGAACCGCCAGUGCUGCCUGACCCAGAGACAGUGACUUUGAGACGCUCAGAGCGUACUAUCAGGCGACCUCAGCGUUUAUAG